UACCAACUAACAGGACGCAGAAGUUGUCUUUAUUCAUUUGUUCUGCUCAGGAGACGUUGCACACUUCAGCCACUUUAACGACUCAAACAAUCAGAAAGGACGGAACGCAAAAAUCCAUUAGAAAACCAUGCACUGUUCAUAUCCAUGGAGAGAUGGCAUUCGUGCUCCUCUUCAGUCGACUUCUUCCCUUCUCACACAGGCUCACAAGAACAUCCAUUUGCUUGCUGUCGCUCUUUCUGUCUUAUCUGUGCUAUUGUGCACUAUUCCCUGCCGAUGCCAUCAUGCAAAAGUCAGGUGAUCCGACGCCCGGCUGUCAGCGCGUCCUGGCCGAUGGAGCCAAAAGGCGCAUCCAGAAAUCACCUUCGUGCGUUUCGCUGUUGGAUGCGAGACCACCGAGCAGUGUUGAGGCAUCUCGGCUGAACGGCGACCAGAGACCUCCUUCGACUCUCCACCUCGACACGCCCAGUCCUCCGAUGGGGAACUUGAAGUUCGGCAAUAAAAAGUUACCGAACGCCAUCAUAGUUGGUGUGAAAAAGGGAGGCACCAGAGCGGUUUUGGAGUUCAUAAGGAUUCAUCCAGAUGUGCGAGCGGCUGGCACUGAAACACACUUCUUCGACAGAAACUAUGACAGAGGCCUGGAGUGGUACAGAGGUUUAAUGCCGAGGACUCUUGAAAGCCAAAUCACGAUGGAGAAGACACCAAGCUACUUUGUGACCAAAGACACGCCGCACCGGAUCUCUGCCAUGUCCCGAGAUACCAAGCUCAUUGUGGUGGUGCGUGACCCUGUCACUCGUGCAAUAUCAGAUUACACUCAGACUUUAACCAAAACUCCCGACCUACCGAGCUUCCAGGACCUGGCCUUCAGAAACCAGAGCCUGGGCAUCGUUGACACGUCCUGGAACGCCAUUCGCAUCGGCCUGUACGCUCUGCACCUUGAAAACUGGCUCCGCUAUUUCCCUCUGGCUCAGAUCCACUUUGUGAGCGGGGAGCGUCUUAUCACCGACCCAGCAGGGGAGUUGGCUCGGGUGCAAGACUUCCUUGGGCUAAAGCGUAUUGUCACAGACAAACACUUCUAUUUCAACCGCACUAAGGGCUUCCCUUGCCUUAAGAAGCCGGAGAGCAGCGGCUCGCCUCGCUGCCUGGGCAAGUCCAAGGGCAGAACUCAUGUGCAGAUAGACAGAGACGCUAUUGAGCAACUGCGAGACUUCUACAGACCUUACAAUGUCAAGUUUUAUGAAAUGGUGGGUCACGAUUUCAAGUGGGAGUAG